AUGAAUUUACAUUCACCUGAAAGUUUCGUGUCUUCAACAGUGCAAGCUAAUUUCGAAGUUGAAAAUCUUUUAAAAAUUAAUAAAAUGAAGUUUGAAUUAUUCUUACGUGUGGCCUUCGUAAGGUCAACUAUGCUUGAAAUGAACACACCAAGUAAAAAUGAUAAGCUUCUUUUCAUUUCGAAAUCAGAAUGGGACUGA